AUGUUAGGCAGCGUGGUGACGGACGGGCGGGCUGAGCGGGCUGAGCGGGCUGAGCGGACGGACGGGCGGGCCAAGAUGAAUGGAAGCAAGCAAGCGAGCGAGCGGCAGUGUGGACUCGAGCGUGUUCUGAGUACUGAGGCGGCUUACAAGAGGGUCUUAGAGUCCGAGCGUAACAUACCUGGUUUUGGUCUGUUUGGUGGGACACAGGAGGGCGACGGCUACCAUUACAACUGUACGAGUGAACCCUGCCCCGAGGACUGCACGGGAGCGCCCAACGAGGGGGAAUGCUGCUCUAUAUGUUCAGAAUCUGCAAAUAGAAACAACAACGGAGGCCCUGCAUCUUCUUCCUCCUCCUCUUCCACCUCCUCUUCUUCAUCACCCGUAGCUUCCCCUUCUUCCUCUGCCUCUUCUUCGUCUUCCUCUUCCUCUUCUUCUUACUCCUACCGCUCAACGGACGGGAACGGCGGGGAGGGACGCCUGCCCGCGGAUGCCUCAGCGGGACUUUUCGGGGAGACGGUGACGCCGACGCGGGUGUGUGUGGUGGACGGCAUGAUGUAUAACCACGGGGACACCUUCUCUGCCAACUACAGCCGCGGCGACCACGAGAAAUGCCAACACUGCUUCUGUAACGACGGCGUGGCCCAAUGCCGUACCAAGGUGUGUCCUCCCGUCUCUUGCUCCUCUCCCAUCUACAUCAGGAAGGACUGCUGCCGUGUGUGCCGUGAUGACUCCACCGAGCUCGACUGGGACACCAUGGUCUCCUUCAGCGACCCGUCAGCACCCAAGGGAACAGCAGACCAUGACUGUAAGAUUGGCGGGCGGUAUUUCGUGAACGGCUCCAUCUGGCACCCAGUGAUCGGUCCCUUCGGCGAGAUGGACUGUGUGCUGUGCAAGUGUCUCAACCGCCGCAUUGACUGUUCCCGCCUCAAGUGUCCCAGCCGCGAUAAGCUACAGUGCACCAAGCCUGUCAAGGUCGCCGGACAGUGCUGCCCCGUGUGCCCCCUGACCCUCAUGACCAGCACUGCGCCCCAGCUCUCAGGCAGCACAGUCAGAUGCCUCAACGAGCGAGUCCAGCAGGCUGUAUGGAAGAACGUGGGCGCAGGCAGCAACUCUGGCGUCCUGCAUUACGUGUUCGAGCCGGUGGGCAGCAGGGGCAUGUCGAGCGCCAUCCUGCACAUGCACCGAAUGAUCCUGCGCAGCGGUAACCUGGAGAACCUGGACAUUUACGACAUCACGAGGGACGAGUUCAGAAACCUUCGCUCCACUUACACCUUCUCCCUCUUCGGCGGCACCACCAACAAGCUGAUGAACAAGUUUAAGAACAGAGAGCAGAAGAUCGACAGACGCUGCAAGAGGAACAACCGCUGCUCCAUCAAGGUGGCGAACAUGGACAGGAUGCUGAAAGUCCGGCCGGUGACGCUGCGAGUCCGCUGUGCCCGUGGGGAGAAGGAAAUCUGAGUGGAAGGCGGCGACUAAGGCGGCGGUGGAGGAGGAGGCGUGGCGGUCCAGUCCUCCUCCACCUCCACCACCACAGCACAACCACCACCCAUCACUCUCCCGACUUUGGGGGAAGGAUAUGACGAAGACCACCACCACCACCACCACGACCACCACCACCACUAACACCUCUCCAAUGGCGGAGUAAUAUGCUAAUAUCGGCGAUAGUGAUGGCGGCGUUAGUGACCUGAAGCAGUAGCAGGAGGGGAGGAGGAGGAGGAGGAGGAGGAAGGAGGAGACAUUGGGUAGA